AUGGACAACAACUAGUGAUGGUCGGGCAUUCCUUGGCAUUCGCUGAUUGCGAUUCAGACUGACACCGUUGUUUUGUUUACCGGAUCAUCGGGAUCUCAAGUCCGGAGUUUGCGGUCCGUUUAGUGAGUUCUCAUCUUGUUUUGAAAGCGUUUCGAUAGGUCCAUAGGGAAAAUUCGAAGGAGACUCCCUACCAAAGUGGCGUUUUUGUGAUUGAGAUUUUUCAGUUCUUGGGCAUGGACUUUUCCUGAAGAUAUCUUCUGGGGGAGUUAAAGUGGUCCAUCUAUAUGCAUAAAGUGAAGAAAGUGUACUUGAGUGAUAAUGUGCUUAUCAUAUACAUGCCUGUUCAUACUAGUGAUGCUAAGUGUCUCUAUAAAUAUCUGCGAGGCUGGACUCUUAGACCCUUUCAGUUGGGCUAGGGCAGAUAAUAUAAAUAUUGAGAUCGCUUCUCUUCCAUUCAUUCCUUGGUUGCCAUUCGAAAACGAGACAAGAUGUUACGAUGAAAUCGGAUGUCUCAACAUCACAAGAAGUUGGUAUCACCUGAUAAACCGUCCACUGAACGUUUUUCCUCUUCCUAGAAUGGUGAUCAACACUAGAUUCAUUCUGUAUACACGAAUGAAUCCCAAAGAGGGUACGCAAAUAAAAGCUGACGAGGACACUUUGGCUAAGGUGAUUUUCGACCCCAAGAAAAAAACAAAAGUCAUCAUUCAUGGGUUUAUUGAUACGAUCCUAGCCAACUGGGUCAAAGAUAUGAAAGACGAACUUUUGAAGCACGACGACGUAAAUGUGAUACUUGUUGACUGGGCUGGUGGAAGUUUACCAUUGUACACUCAAGCCACCGCAAAUACAAGAUUAGUAGCAUUAGAAUUAGCUCACUUACUAAAUUAUUUAAUAAAAACCUUGGAUGUGAGAGCUGAAGACGUCCAUUUGAUUGGACAUUCUUUAGGGGCACACUUGGCAGGAUACACAGGCGCAAUGAUACCUAACAUUGGGAGAAUCACAGGACUGGAUCCUGCCGAGCCCUACUUUCAGGGGAUGCCACCUCAUGUUCGUUUGGAUCCUACCGAUGCCAAGUUGGUGGACGUAAUACAUACGGAUGGAAAAGGUAUCCUUCUUUUAGAUUUCCUUCCACUUUCAGGGUACGGCAUGUCCCAACCUUGCGGCCAUUUCGACUUUUACCCAAACAACGGCAAGGAGCAGCCCGGCUGUGAGAUAGCCCAGAGCCCGCUGGUCCCCCUGACGCUGAUCAAGAAAGGAUUAGAAGAAGCGUCGAGGGUUCUAGUGGCUUGCAACCACAUCCGAUCCAUUAAACUAUUCAUUGAUAGCAUAGGAAGCCAGUGUCCAUACAUAGCACAUCAGUGUUCUAGUUACGAGGACUUCAUGGGUGGCAAAUGUUUCAUUUGCAAACCAGGAACGACGCAAUGUGCGAUGAUGGGGUAUCAUUUGGAUUCUAGUCCUAUAUUUGAUGAGACUGAUAUAAGUGAACGGCAUUUCGUCGAUACUAUAGGUAGCAAAUAUUAUCUGAACACGGGGAAAGAGUUCCCUUUUUGUCAUCGUAUUUAUAGAAUAAGUAUAGAAUUAGCCAAGCCAUCGAUCGCUGAAAAAUGGGUGCAAGGAUUCCUCAAAGCAUUCAUUCUCAGUCCGAAUGGUAUAAUGCAAAUAGACUUAACACCUUCAGGUGACGUCAAAUUAGAGCACGGUACAACUUACACAACGGUGGUGACACAUCGAGCUGAUUUAGGGGGUAACAUUAAAAAAAUCGAACUGAAUUGGGAAUACGACAUGAAUGUUCUGGAACCAAGAACGUUGUGCUUGCUCUGGUGUAAUGACCACCUGUACAUAAAGAAGGUUUACAUAGACGAGAUGGAAUUUCCGAAUAGAGAGAAGCGUGAAAUCCAGUUCUCCAGCACCCUUUGUGCCAGGAAGGGUCGAAAAGAUUUCGUCGACAUCCCAAACAGAGGGAGAGGCGUUCUUGUAGAUUCUUGUAAAUAGUUUUAAUAAUAAAGUAUCGAAAA